CCUUGGGCUAAAGAAUGCUAUUUAGGAAAAGAGGAUACAACUUUGAAAUCCAGGAGAGCUGGAAACCUAUAAUGACUCAAACCAGAAUUUCCAGGAUAACCAAACUGAGUGACAAAACAGAAGCUAAAUAAUCAAGUCCCCAGCUUGGGCUAAAUCUGGGGAUGUCAUCAAGAACUCUGUGACAAAAUAAUACUCUAUGGGGAAGGGGGAUGUUGGGUAAUGAGAGACAUUUUCAAAGGUCCUCAAGUCUUCAAAAGAAAAUAUAUGGCUUUGGAAGAAACAUUGAUAUCAGUUGAGUAGAGUUGGGGGACAGACUUUGGAUGCAGUUAACAGCCAUAUGCAAUCAAGAUGUACAAGGGAACUCUCAGGAUCUCAGGAUCAGGUGCUGGGCCUUUUGGAUUCCCUGCCCAUCAACAACCUGUUGCCUUUUCUAAUAAACCUCACCCUAAUAUAUUUCUACCAACAAAAAUGAUACCACCACCACCAGAAAUGAUACCACCACCAAGACCAAUAAAUUGUCCACCUGGACUUGAAUACUUAAGUGUGUUAGACAACUUACUGAUCUUUCAGCAAAUUGAAUUUCUGGAAGCACUCACAGGUUUUGAAACCAACAACAGAUAUGAAAUUAAGAACCUCUUUGGGCAGAGAAUUUACUAUGCAGUGGAGGAAAAUGAUUUCUGUACUCGAAACUGCUGUGGAUCCUUAAGACCUUUUGUUAUAAAGAUUCUGGACUAUUCAUCCCAUGAAGUGAUACAUAUUGAGAGGCCUUUAAAAUGUGCUUCCUGUUAUUUCCCCUGCUGCCUGCAAAAGUUGGAAAUACAGUCUCCUCCUGGUUCACCAAUAGGUUAUAUUGUCCAAAAAUGGCACCCAUUUCUGCCAAAGUUUACAGUUCUAAAUGAGCGCCAUGAGAAGGUGUUGACAAUAGUUGGCCCAUAUAUUGUUAGCAGUUGUUUCUCAAACAUUGACUUUAAUAUAAAAUCUCUUAAUGAAAAGGUUAUAGUUGGGAAAAUUACAAAACAAUGGUCAGGAUUUUUUAAAGAAACAUUUACCGAUGCUGAUAACUUUUCAAUUCAAUUCCCACUAGACCUUGAUGUGAAAAUGAAGGCUGUCAUGCUGGGUGCUUGCUUCCUUAUUGACCUGCUGUUUUUUGAAGUUGGUGGCACAAAGGCAGGAGUAUGGUGUUAAUUGGAUGGAUUUCUCCUUAGUUUCAUUUGAAGAAUGUGUUUGGAGACAAAGGAGUUGGAAAUAUAAUGUGAUUAAAAAAUAAACUUAAAAAUUAUA